AUGCUUUUAAACCAGCUGAAAGAGAUCACAGGAAUUCAAGAUUCGGCUUUCCUUCAUGCAGCUCUAAAGGCUGCUAAUGGAGACCUCAUGGAAGCUGUCACCUUCCUGACGGAGGAGCAGGUCCAGGAGCCGGCUCGGGAUGUGGCCGCUGCCGAGCCAUCCGCUUGGGAAGGGAGCGCGGUGGGCAAACAGCUCCCACAAAAUCUUACUGCUGCACUUACCCCGAACAACAGAGACGACCUCCGCGCAGUCGAUGCCUUCGGACCACUGGAAUCGCCAAAAGCUCAGGCUGCAGAAAGAGAUGCUGCUGAAAGACCACAGGAAGCGCAUACUGCUGAAAACAAAAGUCGCUCCAAAAGGAAACGCUGUGAAGUCUGGGGAGAGAACCCCAAGCAGAAUGACUGGAGAAGAGUGGGCGACUGGCCUGUUGGAAUGAAAAACAUUGGAAAUACCUGUUGGUUUAGCGCUGUCAUACAGUCGCUGUUUCAGUUGCCAGAAUUUCGGAGGCUGGUCCUUGGGUACUCCCUCCCACCAAACGUGCUUGAAAGCUGUCGCAGUCGCACUGGAAAAAGGAACAUUGCAUUCAUGCAAGAACUUCAGUGUCUGUUUGCUUUAAUGCUGGGGACGCGUCGUAAGUUUGUAGACCCUUCUGCAGCACUGGAACUCUUGAGGGAUGCGUUCAGAUCUGCUGAAGAACAACAGCAAGAUGUGAGUGAAUUUACGCACAAGCUGCUGGACUGGCUGGAGGAUGCGUUCCAGCUCGCUGUCAAUGUCAAAAGCCCUGGGGACAAAUCCGAAAACCCAAUGGUGCAGCUCUUCUACGGGACCUUCCUGACGGAGGGUGUCCAUGAGGGCAAUACUUUUUCCAAGAUCGAAACCUUUGGUCAGUAUCCCCUCCAGGUAAAUGGUUAUCGAAACUUGAAUGAGUGCUUGGAAGGAGCCAUGGUGGAGGGAGAGAUGGCUGCGGCCCCAGCCGCUCAGUCGGUGAAGUAUGGACAGGAGCGCUGGUUUACAAAACUCCCACCAGUACUGACCUUUGAACUCUCCCGAUUUGAGUUCAAUCAGUCCCUAGGACAGCCAGAGAAAAUUCACACCAAGCUAGAGUUUCCCCAGACUAUUUAUAUGGACAGGUACCUCUACUGCUGUAAAGAGCUCGUUCAGAUGAAGAGAGAAGAAAUGAAGAGAUUGAAGGAGAAAAUGGGGAUGCUGCAGCAGAAGCUGGAACGGUACAUGAGGUACGGCUCUGGUCCAGCCCGCUUUCCCCUGCCCGACAUGCUCCAGUACGUCCUCGAAUUCCUCGCUGCGAAGCCGGCUGUCCUUGUUUCUUCUGCUCCGGGCGCUCAGACAACACUCCCGCCGUCCCACGCCGAGCCUCCUGUUUUGGACGGGCUUUCACAGCUGAAUGGCAUACUGGAAGGGAAUGAUACUGGGACUGAAGAUGCAGCUUUCUUUUCGGCAAAUCCCUCGCCGCAGCAAAAAUCAAGUACGCCGCUCCAGCCGUCUGGCUUGCCAGCGGAAAUGUCUGAAGGUCCAGCUCCUCGCGUGGUUUCCGAGGACGAGCUGAGCCUCGUCCGGACGUGUCUGCAGCGCUGGAGAAACGAGAUUGAACAGGACGUGCAAGAGCUGAGGGAGUCUAUUGCCAGAAUCCACCUGUCCAUCGAACAAAUGUACUGCGACCCUCUCCUCCAGCAGGUUCCCUACCGUUUGCACGCAGUCUUGGUACACGAAGGGCAAGCAAAUGCCGGCCACUACUGGGCCUACGUAUACGACCAGCCUCGACAACGCUGGCUGAAAUACAACGACAUCUCGGUGACGGAAUCGUCGUGGGAGGAACUGGAGAGAGAUUCAUUCGGAGGUCUGAAGAAUGCCAGUGCCUACUGCCUGAUGUACAUAAGCGAGAAGGUGUCCCGCUUCCUUGCAGACACAACUGGUGGCUCGGAGCUUGGGCACUUUCAGAAGGAGGUGGAAGCCUUGUCCCCAGAGCUGAGGCACUACAUCCAGGAGGACAACUGGCGGCUCGAGCAGGAGGCAGAGGAGUGGGAGGAGGAGCAGUCUUGCAAGAUCCCUCAGAUGGAGCCUUCACCCGCUUCGGAGUCGCAGGACCUCUCUUCUGAAUCGGGAGCAGAUCAGUCACCAGUCUGCGAGCAGAGCGUGCGCUCCCUGUCCUCUGAGCACGCCAGGAUCGCCAAGGAGCAGACUGCCAAGGCCAUCGCAAACACCGCCGACGCCUAUGAGAAGAACGGCGUUGAGGCAGCGCUCUGCGAGCCCAAGCAGGUAGAACCAGUGAAGGCCCAGCCGGGAGAGACAGCCCUUACCGUUGAGGCAGAGCAACCGCAGGAGGCUCGGGAAGCAGCGCCUGCUGCCCAGAGUAGCUCACAGGUCUCUGAAGUGGAAAUCCCCAGUGUGGGGAAGAUUCCCGUUAGAUCCGAUGCAGACGGAUAUAAUGAGGAGGUGAUGCUGAGUCCGGCCAUGCAAGGCGUCAUCCUGGCUAUUGCAAAAGCCCGCCAGACCUUUGAUCGAGAUGGGUCUGAAGCAGGGCUCGUUAAGGCGUUCCACGAGGAGUACUCCCGGCUCUACCUGCUGGCCAAAGAGACCCCCACCCCUCAGAACGACGCCCGCUUGCAGCACGUGCUCGUCUACUUCCUGCAGAACAACGCUCCCCAGCAGGUGGUGGAACGGACCCUUCUCGAGCAGUUUGCGGACAAAAACCUCAGCUACGAUGAAAGGUCCAUCAGCAUUAUGAAGGUGGCGCGAGCCAAGCUGAGAGAAAUCGGUCCUGACGAUGUGGAUAUGGAGGAGUACAAGAGAUGGCACGAAGACUACAGCCUUUUCCGCAAGGUGUCGGUUUACCUGCUGACGGGGUUGGAGCUGUACCAGAACAGAAAGUACCAGGAGUCCCUCACCUACCUGGUCUACGCCUACCAGAGCAACAGCAGGCUGCUGCUGAAGGGAGCCGGCAGAGGAGUGAGCGAGUCGCUGAUUGCCCUCUACAGAAGGAAGUGUCUCCUGAAGCUGAACGAGGUGGCGGCAUCGCUGUUCGUCAGCCGUGAAGAAGCUCGUGUGGCAGAGGGCGUGGGCAUCCUGAACGAGCUGAUCAUCCCCUGCAUGCACCUCAUGAACAACUUUGAGAUCUCCAGAGAGGACCUGGAUGCCAUCGAGAUCAUGAGGAACCGCUGGUGCUCCUAUUUGGGACGAGAAGACAUGGACGGUAGGGACCGGCUGCCUGCCUUACCUUUUCCAUGCUGUUUGUGGGCAGGGCAGCGUCCAGAGCCGAGCUAG